GUAAUUACGUCGUACUCUGCUCGACGCGACGUGUCCCUGUUGUGUGGACUGGGAAGCCCCUAGCGCGGAGCUGCCAACGCCCGGCGCAGAGACACAAAUAGAGGAUACGAUCUUGAAUGAGUAGCAAAGACUGUAAAACACAGCUAUGCAGACCAUCAAGUGUGUUGUUGUCGGGGACGGUGCUGUGGGUAAAACCUGCCUGCUCAUCUCUUACACCACAAACAAGUUCCCCUCUGAAUAUGUACCAACGGUGUUUGAUAACUAUGCUGUAACUGUAAUGAUUGGAGGCGAGCCCUACACCCUGGGCUUGUUUGAUACAGCAGGUCAGGAAGAUUACGACAGGUUACGACCUCUGAGUUAUCCUCAGACAGAUGUGUUCCUCGUCUGUUUCUCUGUUGUGUCCCCCUCCUCCUUUGAAAACGUCAAAGAAAAGUGGGUUCCAGAGAUCACCCAUCACUGUCCAAAGACGCCCUUCCUGCUAGUUGGGACUCAGAUUGACUUACGGGAUGAUCCAUCCACUAUAGAGAAGCUCGCCAAGAACAAGCAGAAGCCUAUCACUCCGGAGACAGCCGAGAAGCUGGCAAGAGACCUCAAGGCUGUGAAAUAUGUGGAGUGCUCAGCCCUUACACAGAAAGGCCUAAAGAAUGUGUUUGAUGAGGCGAUAUUGGCUGCAUUGGAGCCCCCAGAGCCCAAGAAGAAACGCAAGUGUGUGCUGCUAUGAGAGGCUCCCACCUUUUUAAAGUGCACACAUGUACACACACGCAUAACACACACACCCAUCUUAAACACACACACAUACGCUCCCUUCCCUGACCCCCGUCCCCGUCUCGCUCCCCCCCCCCCCCCCAGCAAACCCCCUCUUCCCUCGCUCUGCUAAGGCUGGUUGACAACUAAGUCCUCGACAGCCGACUGAGUUUUAGAUUAAUUCUCUGCAAUAAUACGAAGCUUCAUCCCUGAUUUCCUAAUUCUGAGUUUGGGACAGAACCUGAACCGGACGACAGGCUGCUGGAGGGGGGGUCCGGGCGGGGGUCCCGCAAACCCAGCUUUACACACACACACAAGUAGAAGUACAAAACAACACGUCGAGCUUUCGGAUCAGUCCAGUUAGUGUUGUGGCCUUUAGACGCCCGGCCGUUCAGUCGUUCUCAGCCAAUCACGGAGACAAGCCCCGCCUCAGCCACUCCCAGCUGCCUGAUUGACAGCUGCUCACGCUGCUGGUCCUGACCCCCCUGCUCCCCCCCCCGCCCCCCUCCGUUGACGAGCACACUCAAUCCCUACAUUCUUUUCUCAGCGCUAGCAGAAGACAUGCUAACAGAGUAGUGUUUUGUUUUUGUUUGCCAACACCCCCUCCCCGUUUAUUCCCUCAAACACACAAGUCUGAGAUAUUUAUCCCACGCUCCAGGUAGACAGAACCACUAAAGAGACCGCAAGAAGGACCGUAAAAGGUAGUUCAGGUUGAAGUCCAGCCAUGGCGGCGGUGUCGACCGUUCAGAGCGGACUUGGAGCGUGGUCGUCACUUGAAGAGCUAAAGGCAUCCAGUAAUAAUAGGUCUGCUAGUGGACCGCAGGAAUUGGCCUUUUUAGAUGCAGGGAAACUUAAAACAGUGUUAGCAGAACAAGCGGUGUGUUGUUCACGCUUCGCCAGGGGACCAAGGGAGGGUAAAAAAAAGGCAGGAAAUACCGUUAGAGCGAACAGCGUCGUCACCUUUACGGCUGGAACGGGUACAGCAGAGACACCGAACACGCGCCGGCAAACGCAGGCAGCCAUGUUUUAGAGUUUCGAGAUUCGAAGCAUGAAUUUCCACCAGAAUUCUGUGCCAGGUCAGAAUUUGGUGCCUUCCUUUUUCGUAUGGCUGUGCGUCAAAGGGCUGUCUGAUCCGUCGUACCCGUCGAGCCGGUACGGUGCCGAGCGACGCCGAGCCCUGGCCUCUGUUCUAAAGGAUAGGUCUAACAGAUGUAAUUAUAAUGUAAGCUGACACACAAUGUCGACGUAGGCUCCAAGUGUUUUUACCAAAAUCUUUUUUUCUUCAUUUUUUUGUUUGUGCUGUUUUUUUUUUUUAUUUUAUACAUAUAAAUAUAUAUAUAUAAAUAUAUUAAAAAAAAAAAGGUUUCUUUCACUCCUUUUACAUUUAGGGGUCGGAACUCAUCUGAACUCUUACCUGCCAGUUUAUACCAAGAUAACCUCUGAUUGGUUUAGGCAAAUAAAAAACCUCCAAUGGCAGAGAGACUGUUUGGUUAAGAUUAUUUGUGAUCAGUUGGUUCUUGUUUUUCUUUACUGGUGGCUUUGAGUUGGGUUGACAUCCAGCCCAAGUCAAUAUAAUUAUUAUAACCUGUUGUUGUUUUUGGUGCAAAACCAAAUGCUUUGUCUAAGGUCUUUGUUCUUUGUAUAUGCAUUCUUUUCAAAAAUAUUAAACUUAUACCUUAAUUGCCUUUA